UUUCGAUUAAGUUGUCAAACAUGGAAAACAAUAUUGCAUAAUAUUUUAUUUAUGAUUUAGUUUAACAUUCAACCAAUUUCAUAUAAAUCCGCAAAAUGUUUCGUACUUUUGGCCAUUCCAAUAUAAACUUCAAAUAUGAAGUUGAUCCACGUUGUGACAUGUUUACUGUUACUCUUCCGUUGGGUGGAGUGUGAUAACAUGGAAAUGAUGUCAAUGUUUAUGGAAAAUUGUGAAGAGAAAUUUCCCAUAACGAAUGAUGAAUUCGUUGAGGUUUUAACCGAGCACCACACCAACUUGCCGCCAAGUGACAAUUUCAAAUGUUAUGUCAAGUGUAUUUUGGAAUAUCGAGGCUUGGUCGUUGCCGAUGAUCUUGUAGAUGAUUUAGUUUUCGCAGAACUUGUUUCUCCUUCCACUCUUGCGAAAAUUGAAGACAAAAUAACCCAAAUAAUAAAAGAAUGCCGGCUAUUGGCGGAAGAUCUACCUGAGCUAACCAAUCGUUGUCAACUUGAACUUGGAAUUUCGGACAACGAUAUAGCAAGAUAUAAAAGUGAAGCAAUGGACUUAUCAGAUGUCACGUAUAACAUGAAAUGCCUAUCCAAAUGCCUACUGGAGCAAGAAGGAGUAUUGUCGAAUGGAAAAAUUAAUACAAAUGUGCCUAUUGAAGUAGCUUUGAAAUUUCCUAUUCUAAGAGAUGAUCCUGAAAAAGCGCUCAAGGCUCUUGAAGAAUGUCAGGAGCAGAAAGGAGAUAAUGAUUGCGAAAUAGCUUUUGCCAUUACCCUUUGUGUUUACGACAAGUUUACCAAAAAAUAAUUAACGUCACAUUGGUAGCCGAUGCAAAGAAGAAAAAAAACAUUAAAAAUGAAUAA